AUGGAUCGCGAACAAUUUCGAGCUGCGGCUCACUCGGCAAUCGAUGAUAUCGUCGACUACUUCGACACCGUCCCCGAGCGCAGAGUCCUGCCGGCCGUCGACCCCGGCUACCUUCGCCCAUUGAUUCCCGAGAACCCGCCCGCAGACCCAGAAGAAUGGAGCCAGAUCCAAGAAGAUGUCGACACCAAGAUCAAACCCGGCCUGACCCAUUGGCAAUCCCCAAACUUCAUGGCAUACUACCCCGCCAGCGUGACGUACCCCAGUAUUCUGGGUGAAAUGUAUUCCGCCGCGUUCACAGCUCCUGCAUUUAAUUGGUUGUGCUCACCGGCCUGUACAGAAAUGGAGACUAUUGUUAUGGACUGGGUCGCCAAGGCGCUGGCCCUGCCGGAGUGCUUCUUGAGUACGUCCGAGAACCGCGGAGGCGGCGUGAUCCAGAACAGCGCAAGUGAUGCUAUCGCCACGAUUAUUGUGGCCGCGCGGGAGAGGCGCGUACGGGAGCUUGUUCUUGCCAAAGGUCUGAAGGAGGCUACCCCCGAAUACGAGAACUGCAAGAUGGAGGUCCAGCCGCGACUGGUGGCUAUUGCCAGUGAUCAGACCCAUAGCAGUGCGGCCAAGGGUGCGCUGAUUGCAGGGACUCGCUUUCGCAGUGUGACUGCCCGGCUAGAAGAUAACAUGGAGAUGACGGGUCCACGUCUGCGCGAGGUUCUGGAACAGUGCGAUAAGGACGGACUCGUUCCGUACCAUCUGAGCUUGACCAUGGGUACCACGAACACUUGCAGUGUGGACCGCUUUGCCGAUAUCAAGGCGGUGCUGCAAGAGAAGCCGGAAUGGCAACGUAUCUGGGUCCAUGUCGAUGCAGCCUAUGCGGGCGCUGCGCUUGUGGCGGAUGAAUGGCAGUAUAUCGCCAAGGACUUUGCAGAGGGCGUGGACAGCUUCAAUAUGAACAUGCACAAAUGGUUGCUGGUCAACUUUGAUGCAAGUGUUCUCUACGUCCGCAAUCGCUUUGAUCUCACCAAUGCUCUGGACAUCACCCCAACCUACCUGCGCAACCCGUACUCAGAUAUGGGCACGGUCAUCGACUACCGCAACUGGUCGAUCUCCCUUGGUCGCCGGUUCCGUGCGCUCAAGAUCUGGUUCGUCAUGCGCAGCUACGGUCUGAAUGGCAUGAAAGCGCAUAUCCGCAAGGGUAUCGACCUGGGCAAUUUAUUCACAGAGCUGGUCCGUAGCCGAUCUGAUCUGUUCGAGAUUGUCACCAAGACGUCGUUUUGCCUGACCGUGCUACGUGUCAAGAAUCCCCAGAGCCCGUCGAAUGGAGCCAAUGGGUCAUCAGACGGUGUAUCUCUAUGCAAGCCUGAUGAAGUGGCCGACGGUCUAACUAAAAAGGUGUAUGAGUUGAUUAACUCUCGCGGGGAGAUCUUCAUCACCUCGACUAUUGUUGACGGCGUUUAUGUUAUCCGCGUGGUGAGCUCGAAUCCUCUUGCCGAGGAGAAAUAUGUUCGUAAUGCUUUUGAUAUCCUUGUUCGGACGACGAUCGAGGAUAUGUCGCCACAACGCCUUAACUGCAUUCUCGUCACCGGCGCAACGGGCUUCAUCGGCGCCCAUGUCGUCGACAACCUGCUCGCGCGUGGGUUCUCUGUCCGAGGAGCCACGCGGUCGUCGCAGAAAGGCGAGCAGAUGAAAGCCGCGCGGCCGCAGUAUGCCUCAAAGCUGGAUUUCGUCGUCGUGGAGGAUUUCACCGCGAUCGGCGUGUUUGACCGAGUCAUGGAGGGGAUUGAUGCUGUCAUUCAUGUAGCCAGUCCUUUCUUCUAUGACACCACCAACAACGAGGAGGAACUCAUCCUCCCCGCCAUAAACGGAGUCAAGUCCAUUCUCUCGGCUUCGGCGAAACCAGGUUCAAAGGUCCAGCGCAUCGUGAUGACCUCGUCGUUUGCCUCCGUGGUCGAUGUCAACAGCAACCCGCCUCCAGACUUCACCUACACCGCAGCCCACUGGAACCCUCUGACGUACGAAGAAGCAGUGGACCCCGUAUCCAGCUCCGUAGUCGCCUACCGCGGCUCCAAGAAAUUUGCCGAGCUCGCCGCAUGGGACUUUAUCAAGGACCAGAAACCGCAGUUCGAUCUCGUGGCUCUCUGCCCGCCAAUGGUCUUCGGUCCCGUCGUGCACCCCGUCUCCAAACUCGAGCAGCUGAACGAGUCCAACUCCGUGCUCUGGAGCGUGGCUGCAGGCGCAGACCCUCUUCCUGGUGCCCGUGUGCCCGCCUGGAUCGAUGCGCGCGAUCUGGCUGAGGCGCAUGUGCAGGCCCUUAUUACGCCCGAGGCGGGCGGCAAGCGGUAUAUCCCCGUUUCUCCGAAUCCAUUCUCUUAUGAGCUUGCGGCGGAUAUUAUUCGGGCGGAGUUUGAGUGGGCGGAGGAUACUGUUACUCGGAAUUAUACUGCGGGCGAGAAGCCGCGGGCUUCGUAUGGGGUUGAUGGGGAGACGGUGGCCCGGGAACUGGGGGUGAAAUAUCGGCCUUUUAAGGAGGCUGUUGUUGGAUUGAUUGGACAAGUUCACCAGACUUUGGUUUAG